CAACUGCUUCAGGGUAACCAACUGGGGCAAACGUCUAAGGGUAAAAAGCCAAUCAUCGUUCGACCAUCUUUGAGACAAAGAGGCAAGGAGAAAGCUCCUCAUAUGGCUUCAGUAUCACCAAUUCAGUAUCAACCUCACCAGCUUCAACCAGACAAGCCCAAAAGGCAAUUCACCAAGCUCAACGUGUCGCUGCCUCAAGCCUUACAACAACUGCUGAGGUUGAACUUGGUAACUCUAAAGGAUCCUCCUAAGAAUCCCAACAGGACACCUUCAAGGUAUAACCCCAACGCUCACUGCGCUUAUCAUUCUGACAGCCCGGGGCAUGCUACAGAGGAUUGUUGGACUCUGAAAAAUAAGAUCCAGGACUUGAUUGAGGAAGGAGCUGUGGAAUUCACCCAAGAUGGCCGGGCUGAGUGCUACUACCAUCCCUACAGGAGGCACCAUUUGAAGUAA